CCACGCCCAAGCAGUCGACGGGAAACCUGGAGCCCGCGCGCCUAGAAACGCUGCAACUAGGCUGCUGCACUCAGUUCCAGAUCCCGAAGCAGUUUCCCGGCGCCCGAGGGCCCUUCGGAACAACAAUUCAGCAGCCCAACUGCGGAGCCGCAUUUCUGCCAAUCAGCGUGCGCCGUUCUCCGAGCCUGGCUACUCCCGCUUAAACAGAGGCUCCCAGCCAAUCGGAGAGCCCCGGAGCCGUCCUCCCGCCUACCAGCAGGGGGGCGUGGCGUCUCAUUGUAGCCAAUGAGGACGACAUCCUUCCGGGAGCACGCGCGCGUUGGAGGCGGUGCCUCAGCAAGAUGGCGGCGAGCAGCCUGCGCGGGGCUGUUGCAGCGGCCAGCACCUCCGUGAAGCCCAUUUUCAGCCGGGACAUGAACGAGGCCAAGCGGAGAGUGCGCGAGCUCUACCGCGCCUGGUAUCGGGAGGUGCCAAACACUGUGCACUUAUUCCAGCUAGACAUCACUGUGAAACAGGGACGGGAUAAAGUCCGAGAAAUGUUUAUGAAGAAUGCCCACGUCACAGACCCCAGGGUGGUUGAUCUUCUGGUCAUUAAGGGAAAGAUGGAAUUGGAAGAAACAAUAAAAGUGUGGAAGCAGCGGACACAUGUUAUGCGGUUCUUCCAUGAAACAGAAGAACCCAGGCCAAAGGAUUUCCUGUCCAAAUUCUAUGUUGGCCACGACCCAUGAAGCUACUCAGUGGAAAGGUGCAUAUUGAUAUAUUUAAUUACUAUAUACAAAUAAACAUAUACAGUUAAACUCA